AUGAGUGGAAAACUUGAAGAUAUAGGAGAAUUAGUUUUAUUAAUUGGUGAUUUUCAUUCUCCUAUUAGAAAUUUAGGGUUACCUGAUUGUUUCAAAGAUCUUUUAAAAACAGACAAAAUAAAACAUGUGUUAUGUACGGGAAAUGUUGGAUCUAGAGAAAAUUUAGAGUUGCUUAAAAAUAUUGCUGAUUCAGUUCAUAUAACUAAAGGAGAUAUGGAUGAUAACUAUGAUUUUCCAGAAGAGAUAUCUCUUAAUAUUGGAGAUUUUAAGAUAUCAUUAAUUCAUGGUCAUCAAAUUAUUCCAUGGGGAAAUAUGAACUCUCUUUUACAAUGGCAGAAAAAAUAUGACAGUGAUAUAAUUAUUAGUGGUCAUACACAUAAAAAUUCUAUUGUUCAAUAUGAAGGAAAAUAUUUUAUUAACCCUGGAUCAGCUACCGGAGCUUUUCAACCAUGGCUAGCUGAGACCGUUCCAAGUUUUAUAUUAAUGGCUGUUGCAAAAAAUUCUAUUGUUGUAUAUGUUUAUGAAGAAAAAUAUGGGAAAACAAAUGUUGAGAUGAGUGAACUUCGUAAGUAA